AAGGGGUUACAGUGUCGGGUGGGGGUGGCCCUGGGGGUGUCCCUGGGGGUGUUCCUGGGGUGUCCCCACUGCAGAGCAGAGAGGGCAGGAUGGUCCCGGGGCACGCGGGGGAUGAGCCCCCCGGCUGGUACAUCGAGGACUCAGGCAGUGGGAUGAUCUACAAGCGGGGACGGCUCCUGGGACAGGGCACCUUCGGGCGCUGCUACCGGGUGACAGAGGUGACCACUGGCCGGGUCUAUGCACUGAAGGUCGUCCCUCGAGCCGGGCUGGCUGCGGUGGGCACCGGGGACAGGGUGGAGCGGGAGCAGGAGCUGCACCGUCAGCUGAGCCACCGGCACAUCGUCCGCCUGCACCGGCACUUCACCCACCGCGGCCACCUCUGCCUGCUGCUGGAGCUCUGCAGCCGCGGGUCCCUGGCCGACAUCCUGCGUGCCCGGGGCCGGCUGGGGGAGCCGGAGGUGCGGUUUUACCUGCGCCAGGUGAUCUCGGGGCUGCGCUACCUGCACGGACACGGCCUCGUGCACCGGGACCUCAAGCUGAGCAACUUCUUGGUGACGGAGGAGAUGCAGGUGAAGAUCGGGGACCUGGGGCUGGCGCGGGGGGCGGCUCCGCCCGGGCGGCGCUGGGGGGCGCUCUGUGGGACCCCCAGUCACCUGGCCCCGGAGGUGCUGGACCGCAGGGGACACGGGGUGCCCUCGGACAUCUGGGCCCUGGGAUGUGCCCUGUACACGGCCCUGACCGGCCGCCCCCCGUUCGAGGGGUCCCAGCGGCUGGAGCUGUACCAGCACAUCCGGGGGGCUCGGUACCCGCUGCCCCCCCAGCUCUCCCCCCAGGCCCGGGCCCUCCUCGCCCUCAUGCUGGACCCCGACCCCGCAGCACGGCCCAGCCUGCAGGACGUGCUGGACCACCCCUUCUUCACCCAGGGUUUCACACCCCACAGGCUCCCACCCCGUGCCUGCCACUCCGUGCCCGUGUUCCUGGGACGGGACCCGCUGUGCCGGCUGCUGCGGGGGCUGCAGUGCUGCUGGGGGGGUGGCUGUGCCCCUGGCACCCCAGGGGGGCCGUCCCCCCCCCCCCCAGGGAAGCAGCUCCCUCGGCAGGACCCGAGCCAGGCAAACAUCGGCGGAGGAAAACCUUUAUUAGUGCUGGGAACCGUCUAAAAUCCAGUCAUGGAGACAAGCGGGGCGGGGACGUGACUGGGACGAACGGCACACACACACCAGUCUGCCCUUAAAAACGUCAACAGGGGAAAAAAAACCGAAAUCCAAACCCAAAAGGGAGCUCUCUUCCCUGCCAGCCUGGGAUGGGGUGGGGUGGGGUGGGGAGGUGCAGCUCCAAGGAGCCGUGUCCUGGUGCUGCUCCUGGGGGUCACCAGGAGGGGCACCAGGUCACCCUGCUCUGCCUCCAGCCCCAUCAGCAGUGGGGACACUGGAGAGGGGACAGAGGGACCUGUGGGCUGGGAAGGAGGGAGGAAAGUGCGUGGUUUCCCUGUCCAGCUUCAGUUUUCUCUCUCUUUCGAGAGAAGAGUCUGGAAACGCUGAAAGCUCAGUAAAACAUGACACUAAAAUCACCCACAGCGUCGGGGGGAGCUGGGACCACCCACCUAUGCCUAAAACACGGGAGGGGACAAGGACAAGAUGCUCGACGUGGCCCCAGAAAGCACCAAGGAGCCACUGCCCUGCUCAUGGACCCACCCACGUGUCAGCACCAGAGGGGACCAGGGAGGGGGGUGUCACCAGCAGGGUCUGGGGGAGGGAGGUGACAGCAACGACUUUGUCUGCACUUGGGGUGAGCCCUCUGGGGACAAAGGCCAGAGGAGAGGGAACAGGGAACAGCCUGGCUGGGGGGGACACGGCAGCUCCCACACAGGGGGAUGGGGUGGCGGGUGCGAGUUUGGGCACUUGGCUCUCACUCGUGUCCUCAACCCGGGGCAGGGGGGGACCCCACAGCCCUCCCACGACACACCCGAGGCCGCAGGUGGGGUGGGACACAAACCCCAGCCCCCCUCGGAGCUCCUCAGCCCCUCUCCAGGCUCCUCAGCUCCCGAGGAAGCAGCUGGGAACCUCUCCCAGGUUCCUCCCUGAGCAAACCCCGGCCCGGCCUUUGCCCUCGGGGUCGGGGCUCCACCACCGACCCACGGCCCUGCCCUGGCACGGGGCCUCGUGCCACAACACCCCGAGGGUCCACGGGGACAGGUGGCACAGCCUGGCUGAUCCCGAGGCCGGGCACAGGCCUGGCUGCUGUCCCUGCCCGCGGCGCCGCUCCCGGCAGCCCCAGGCCUGGCACGGAGCCCGCCGGGUAUUUUUAUCCCGGCAUCCGUGGUGUUUGAAGCUGUCGGCUUGUUUUUUUGGUAAUAAACACGGCCCUCCCCUGUCCCAGCCUGGCCCAGAGCCGACAGCAACACCCACACCCUCCCCUGCCACAGCCCGAGCCUGGCAGGCACCGGAAUGGCCCUGGGAUAGCCCUCAAUGGCCCUGGGAUGGCCCUGGGAUGGCCCUCAAUGGCCCUGGGAUGGCCCGGGAAUGGCCUGGGAAUGGCCCUGGGAUGGCCUUGGAAUGGCCCUCAAUGGCCCUGGGAUGGCCCCGGAAUGGCCCUGGCAGCCCCAGUACAGCCCAGGGGAAGGUACAGCCCCCCACGGAUACCUGACAGCACAGGGGGUCCAGCCAUGCCCCCCAAACCCUGUUCUGGCAACACCUCCACCAGCCACCCCCUCCUAGGCAGGAAGGUCCGAGGGGCUCAGGGCAGGAUGUUCCAGUAAAUUCCAUGGGUUUUAAGCUCUGGGAUCUCCCCAUCUUUACUCCACAGCCAACAGCUGCCCAAAGAUGGGGAGAGUGGGGCUCGCUGCCCUUGUUUGGUGCUCAGGACAGUUCUGUCUGUCCUGGGGCACAAACCAGGCCAAGGGGGAAACAACAACAGGGUGGGAAUUCUGGUUUCUUAAAAA